CUCAAUAGCUGCCCAUACAAAUUGUGAGUACCUCCGUUUAUAUGGCACUGCACUGCAAACAUCAAGUCACCUCAACCACUUCCUUACAUUGCGCGCAUCUUGUCGUCCCAGCAAUGUCAAUUCGUCUCUAAAUAGAUGCAUCAUGUUUUUAACAUGAUUUGCAUCAUCGUCGGAUGUUUUGAAGCUUAUUCAAUAGCUUCUGUUGAUAUUGACUGCUGCAUCGACUUCUUGCGAAUUCAUUAUCAUAUUUUCCUAGUCCACCCUGCAUUUUAGACUGGGCAAUUCCACUGACUGCGAUUGCGCGCAACAGCUUUAUUCUUCCACAACAUAACUGUCCAAGUUUUUAAGAAGUACUUCAAGAACACCAGUCAAAAUGCCAAAGGAAGCAACCAAGCGUGGCAAGGCCGGCAAGGUCGAGAAGAGAAAAGGAAAGAAGGACCCCAACGCACCCAAGCGUGGUCUCUCGGCCUACAUGUUUUUCGCCAAUGAGCAACGAGAGAACGUCCGUGACGAGAACCCUGGUAUCUCAUUUGGCCAGGUUGGCAAGAUCCUUGGUGAACGAUGGAAGGCGCUCAACGACAAGCAACGUGCCCCUUAUGAAGCCAAGGCAGCGGCCGAUAAGAAGCGAUAUGAGGACGAAAAGCAAGCCUACCAGGCCGAAUCCGAUUAGGCUGGCGGAGAUGAUCAGAGCGAAUAGUAAUGUCCUCUUAUCUUGCCCGCUUGUUGGUCACGAGGUUUCACGACGAGAUGAUUCUGGUCGUGCGGCCUAGGGAGCCUUUUGACCGUGGUAAAUGGCACAAGUUUCCUUUCCAGUCUAAUGCGUAUGGGAUCGGUCGGUGUUGAUGCACAGGGAAAGGGACAUUGUGCUUUAGUUUUCUUUUACAUCAUUUUCACUCUGACUGGACCAGAGUUCGGGGAAAUUACCCUGGUCCGGUGGCGUUGUCGCAGCUAAUUUAAGCUAGCCAUCUUGCAACGAAGCACGAAGCUAUCACGUCGGUGCUUCUCAACAACGCGAUGUAAAAAUAGUUUGCUCUUACCAUUGAAGAGAGUUGUCCGCACACUAGUAUUUAGUCCCAGCUGCUGGCCCCAUUACUCUAGCUCGUGAUAGAAUGAUUACGGAUACAAUACUAUGCAAGCGCGGCGUUCCCACGUGGCCAAAUCCAACCCAAGCCGUCCCGUGCCCGGUAAACAGAUGCAUGCGAGGAUCUUGUCCCGGAGAUCUGGAUAGUCAGGGGUCUGACCGAGAGAGGUGUGGGAGCAGACGUGGCUGAGAUCCUUGCCCGACCUGUUUCCAACUUUCCCUACCCUCCUUAUUCACAACAACGCCGCAAACGCAAGGCUGUAGGAGUAAAGCGAACUGCCUGGAACUUUGUAGCCU